GGAGAGUAUAAAAAGGUUGGGACUCAAGGUCUUCCACUAUCACCUCGCUUGACUCUUCGGCUCCUCCACAAAGGAAUAGAACAACCACCAUCCUGCAAAGAUGUCUGCUGCUGGAUACGGUAACCAGUGCUAUGCCAGCUGUCCUGCAUCUACAGUGACGAUACAGCCACCACCCUUUGUCCUAUCAAUCCCAGGACCAGCACUUUACUGUCCAAACCAAGCCUUCGGCAUUGAGCAAUACAACCCCUGUGCAGGCUCUGGUGGAUAUGGUGCCAUCGGAAGCAGUGGAGGAGGAUUCAGUGGUGGCAGCAGUGGUGGUUUAAGCAUUGGUGGUGGUAUGGGUGGUAGUAGUGGAGGUAUGGGUGGAGGAGGAGGUUUCGGUGGCAUGGGUGGUUUAGGUGGAGGUGGUAUGGGAGGAUCGGGUUAUGGUGGGCGUACUGGUGGCCUGGGUGGUGGUAUUGGCAGUGGUGGUAGAUUGGGAGGUGGUUCAAGUGGUGGUUUGGGUGGUGUUAGCAGUGGUGGCAACAUAGGUGGUGGACGUAGAGGAAGCAUAGGUGGGGGACGAAGAGGCAGCAUUGGUGGUGGAUCAGGAGUCAUCAGUAGUGGUGGGAGUAGAGGCAGCAUUGGUGGUGGCUCAGGAGGCAUAAGUGGUAGUGGAUCAGGAGGCAUCAGUGGUGGUGGACGUGGAGGUAGCAUUGGUGGUGGAUCAGGAGGCAUCAGUGGUAGUGGACGUAGAGGUAGCAUUGGUGGUGGAUCAGGGAGCAUCAGUGGUAGUGGACGUAGAGGCAGCAUUGGUGGUGGAUCAGGAGGCAUAAGUUAUAGUGGGUCAGGAGGCAUCAGUGGUGGUGGACGUGGAGGUAGCAUUAGUGGUGGAUCAGGAGGCAUCAGUGGUGGUGGACGUAGAGGUAGCAUUGGUGGUGGAUCAGGGAGCAUCAGUGGUGGUGGACGUAGAGGCAGUAUUGGUGGUGGAUCAGGAGGCAUCAGUGGUGGAGGACGUAGAGGCAGUAUAGGUGGUGGAUCAGGAGGCAGCAUUAGUGGUGGCAUGGGCGGUAGUGGACGAAGAGGCAGCACCAGUAGUGUUGGCAGUGGAGGGCGAAGAGGGAGUGUAGGUGGUGGCAUGGGUAUUGGAGGAUCAGGAGGCAGCAUGGGUGGUGGUGGCAGCAGCACCACAUACAGCAGUGGCCGUCGAUACAGCGGUGGUCGCCGUUACAGUGGUAGUGGUGGUGGAUAUAGUAGUGGUGGAAUUGGCAGUGGUGGGUAUAGCAGUGGCAGUUAUGGUGGUGGAUACGGCAGUGGUGGAUAUGGCAGUGGUGGAUAUGGAAGUGGUGGAUACGGCAGUGGUGGAUACGGCAGUGGUGGAUACGGAAGUGGUGGAUACGGAAGUGGUGGAUAUGGAAGUGGUGGAUAUGGCAGCAGUAGCAGAUAUGGUGGUGGAUAUGGUAGCGGUGGAUAUGGCAGUGGCGGAUACAGCAGCGGUGGAUAUGGAAGUGGUGGAUAUGGAAGUGGUGGAUAUGGCGGCAGUGGCAGAUAUGGUGGCAGAACUGUCAAAUAUUCUGUCGGCCGUGGCUAUGGUGGAAGCAGUGGGGGUGGAUAUUAUGGUGGUUCCUAUGGUGGGACCUUGGCUCUCAUGCCAAGCGAACCAAGCACCAUCUGCUACUCCUGCAAUUAAAUGAAGAUGAGGAAAUGACCCAGAAUCCCUGGACAACCAGUCCAGCAGAAGACGGACUCAAAGACUGAAAUUUCAUUGAUGGACCAAGCUUUCCUUUGCCUGCUGAGAUGUUCUGAGUGAACCACUGCCUCGGCAUGUCUGCCCUUGAAUUCUCUGUGUGCUCCACUGUGUCCCA